AUGAAGGCCCUCGCUCUGCUGUUGGCCCUCACGCUCGCUGGCCACGCCGCCGCCAGUAUCUUCCGCCACGAGCGUCCCGCGGCGCCGCGCCAAGAAGACUUCGAGGAACUGCCACAGCACCACCACUCCAGCCCACAGGCAGCGCAUCACAAAGUCCACCACAAGCAUCAUCACCACCAGUCCUCCAGCGCGAGCUCCGAGAGCAACGAGAGAACUCACAGCCAAGCAACCGAUGGCUACAUCACUUUCAACGUCGACAACAUUUGGGAUAAACCCCUCACCUCUUUUAUCGUUAACCGAGACGACUCGCGGCCCCUGCAUGGGGACAUGCUCACAUGGAAGGGUGUACAGAUCGCCACCGGCCCGCGCUCCCCCGUCACCGCGCUCAAAGAAAUCGAGAGGAUCUUCGACGACGCCUACACAACAAUGAAACACUUCACCGAGGAAGAAAAGAAAAGCUUCCAUCAAGCUUACCUCGCCGCCAAUAAAAUUGAAAACGAAGAUGUUCAUUUAAACUCCUCUCAGCUCUUGAAGAAACACCAAUACAAGGUCGAGGAACACACAGUACACACCGAUGAUGGCUACCAACUUACUGUCUUCCGUGUUGCGCCCAAGCUAAUGCAGAGUGGAGAAGAUAAAACAAACAGCCCAGUUGUUUUCCUCGCCCACGGGCUCCUCGGCAGUUCCGACGACUGGCUACUGAUGGGUCCCGAAAGAUCGCUCGCCUUCAUUCUCGCCGAUCUCGGUUAUGAGGUCUGGCUCGGCAACACGCGCGGCAGCAGGUACGGCAGGCACCACGCCAGCAAGCACGAGGCCCAGCCGGACUUCUGGCAGUUCAGCAACGACGAAAUCGCUCUCCACGAUAUGCCCGCCAUGAUCGACCACGCCUUGAGAACAUCACAACAGAAGAAACUUCAAUACGUUGGUAUGUCUCAGGGCACCACAGCUAUAUUCGCACUCAUGGCGUCGCGACCCGAAUACAAUGAGAAGAUUAGCAAAGUGCACGCCAUCUCGCCCAUGGUGUACAUGACUAAGGUACGCAGCCCUCUAUUCCGGAUGAUCACCACGACCAGUCCCUUCCACGAGCGCCUCCAGGAGCAGCUAGGAGCGGGCGAGUUCAAACCGGCCAAGGAAUUGAUUUAUACGGUCGGCGGAAACAUGUGCCAGAACGAAAUCGGAUGCAAGAACGUCUGUUCGAACAUAAACUUCGUAAUGGCAGGCGUCGGUGACGUGCCGGUAGACCGCAUCCCGGUCGUGCUUGGCCACCUGCCUGCGGGCGGGUCUGUGCGCCAGGUGCAGCACUACGCUCAGGGCGUCGCCUCGCAUGACUUCAGGAAGUUCGACCACGGCCCUGAAGUGAACAAGAAGGUGUACGGACACGUACAACCGCCCAAGUACAACAUGACAGAGGUGCGGGCGCCCGUUGUGCUGUAUUCCGCGGCUAGCGAUUGGUUGUCGCAUCCCGAUGACGUCAUGCGGCUGUUUAAGGAGCUCCCCAACGCGAAGGCGCACAGCGUGGUAGCCGAUGAGCAGUUCAGUCAUAUGGACUUCCUGUUCUCCGACAAAGCGCCCCAAGCCGUCUAUGAAAGCUUGAUCUACAACAUGAAGGAAGAUAACUGA